AUGGUGGCGCCUAGGUGGGAGGGGACGGGGGAUGGUGGCGGAGGUGGCGCCAGGCCAGCUCACCGGGAGGGAGGGAGGCGAGGCGAGGCCGGGCUCAGGUGGGCGACGGCUCCAGUAGUCGGGCCCCGGCGGUGGCGGGGGCGGCGGCAGCAUCAGGCGCUCCGGCGCACCUCCUGGGGGAGCCGGCGCGGCGGCGGCGGCAUGGAGAGCCCGGCCGAGGGACGCCUGGCUGCCGGCCUCGACCCGCCGCCCGCCUACUCCUGCCCGCUGAGCCGGCCGGCCGGCCGCCAGAGCCCCGGGCCCGAAGGGGCGGCCGCCGCUCCACCCCUGGCCGCGCUGCACCGGACCACCCCCUUCUCGGUGCGCGACAUCCUGGACCCCAACAAGUUCAACAGCCGCGGCCGCCGCCACUGCCCCGCCGCCGCCGCCGCCGCCGCCCCCCUCUGCAAAGCCGCCGCCGCCCCCGGAGGGGAAUUCACGCGCCUGGGCGACCCGCAGCUCGACGAGGCGCCCGACCGCGGCCAGCCCGCCCGCCCCAAGCCCGCGCCCGACCCGCGCAAGCCCGGCCAGCUGUUCCAGAGCGAAGAGGCCGACCCCUGCGCCCACAGCGAAGCGCCCGACCCUGGCGAAGAAGAGGACGACGACGAGGAGGAGGAGGAGGAGGAGGAAGAGGAGCAGUGCAGCGAGGAGAGCGGCAGCCCCGGCAAGGGCGGCGGCGGUGGCGGCGGCGUGGAGGUGGGCUGCGGCCCGCGGGACCAGGACUCGGAGCCCCCCGCGCCAAAAGCGCCCCCGCCCGCCUUCCCGCAGCAGCAGCAGGCCCAGCAACCGGCGGCGGGGACAGCGGCGGGGACCGCGGCGACGUCGGGUAAGGUGAAGCGGAAGCGGCCCGGCUCGGACGCCAAGUCGGGGAAGCCGCGGCGGGCGCGGACGGCGUUCACCUACGAGCAGCUGGUGGCCCUGGAGAACAAGUUCAAGGCCACGCGCUACCUGUCGGUGUGCGAGCGCCUCAACCUGGCGCUGUCGCUCAGCCUCACCGAGACACAGGUCAAAAUCUGGUUCCAGAACCGAAGGACCAAGUGGAAGAAGCAGAACCCCGGCGCCGACACCAGCGCGCCCACCGGCGGCGGAGGAGGACCGGGAGGCGGUGGAGGAGGCCUGCCCGGGGGGCUCAGCCCGCUCAGCCACUCGCCGCCCAUGGGCAACCCGGCGCUGGCCAUGCACGCCGGCCCCGGACCUUACGGCACCCACCCGGCCGCGGGCCUCGUCUGCGCCGCCCAGCUGCCCUUCCUGCCCGGCCCCGCCGCCGUCCUGUCGCCCUUCGUGCUGGGCUCGCAGACCUACGGCGCGCCCGCCUUCUACGCGCCGCACCUAUGAACUGCAAGCCCGCCCCGACGCCGCCGGGGGCCGGGACCGCUCACUCGCCGCGCACGGACUGCGGCCGGGAGGCCCAACGGCGGCUCACGCAGCGCCCGGCACAACCCGGAGGGCGCCUCUCCGGAGGGAGCGCGGCCGGACCCAGGACCUUACCCCCCCCCCCGCAUCCCUGCCUGGCCGCCUCGAAGGGUCGCCCCUCCGGAGUCGCCAGCCCCACCCCCCAGCCCGCCCAAGAACCGCCAACACGGACCGGGAAAUGCCGCUUCCACCCGCGGCCCAGCAAGCCAGUUUGGGGGGUGGCGGAGGAGGAAGGGCACGAUCCGGCCCCAGACUCUGCGCGGGGGGGGGGUCGAAUCUGGGCCUAGAUCGUGCCCCCCGUCCCGCUUGCUAGCAAACCCCCAUCGGCCAGAGACCCCCCACCCCCUCCUCUGCUCCGUUUGUUUUGGAGAGGAGCCGCCUUUACUGCCUACUAUUUCGUAGACUCGGUGGGUCCCAAACAGUCGGGAUUACUCGAGUGUAAAACCGAACAGGAAUCACGCGGGCUGCUCCCCAAACGCCCAGCAAAGGGGCCAGACCCUGAGCUCGCCCUCCUUCCUUACCCUGCUGCGGGUGUCGCCCGCCUAACGCCCCCCCCCCCCCGUUCCCCUCCCAGGCCCGUUUGCGGCAGAAGCCGGGAAUCGCCGCCGCCUUCCCGCGGAGACCUUCCGCUCGGAGUCGGCCUCUUCCCCUAGAGUAGACCUCUGCCGCCUGGCCCCGGGCGCUUCCACCGCGCUGGCAGCGGAAGGGCGAGGAGGCCGCUGUGCCCCGGCGAGGAGGGCGACGGAUCCGGAGCGCCUGCCGAGGCGGCCGAAGCCCGACCCGGUGGGCUGCAGAGAGAGCUGCCUCCCUCUUCUUUCGGCGGGCGGCCCCGCCUCUGGGUGCCCUCCCCGUCGGGCCAGCGGCAGUCUCUCGGGGCGGGGAGCGGGAGGACCUCACCGGAGGCCAGCAGGGCCGGGCGGGCUGCGGGAGGGCCGGUGGGGGGGGGGACGCCAAAACCGGCUUUUGUCCGGGAGGGGUGCCGGGGGGGCUGCCGAGGGUCCGCAGCCGGCUUUCCAGGGCCCCCCCCCCCCGCCCCAAAGCAGCAGGGAAGGGAUCUGGGCAGCCUGGCCAUCCGUCUCCUCCGGCCAGCUGCCCAGGCAGCCCCCUUCAGGCCAAACUCCCCCCUCCGAUGGGGGCCCUGGGAGGAGGCGGCGGGUUCUGCCGGGCGGCGGGAGAAAGGGGGCUGCCGGGACCAGGGCGCGGGGGAGGGGGGGCGGUCCUGUGUAAAUACAAUAAAGAGACAUGAACGAAA